CCUGCCCCUGAUAACAUGAAAAGACAACUGCAUGCCGGGAGAGAAGCCAGUGCUAAGUAGUUUCCUGCACAUUAACUUUAUCAUGAACGUCGUUGGAGUCGAACCCCUGUAACUCUACUCGAUGUUUUAUACCAUCAGGAAGAAAAUCUAUCUCCAUAUUUCUGAUUUUGAUAAUCCAGAAUGAUAACCAUGUCGACUAAGUUUCUUUAUUUCGUUACAGCUGCUUCAUGAAAAAAAAAAUAUAUAUAUACAUAUCUACAUAUACACUGUGUAUCUUUUCCACUCAUAACAUAUCAAGUCAACCAUCAAAAUAAUUGGUCAACCCGUACUUGGCUUACUCUGCAUGGAUGGCUUUAUUUCUAUUUCUCCAUAUGAACGGUUUGACGGGAGGUAUUUUGAUAGUAGACUGUCAUUUGUGGUGAAUGUCCGGUUUACGUUGUCAUUGCCACCAGUCUCAAACUUAAUCUUGGCUAACUCACUUUCAGAGUUACUUUACAAAAGUUAUUAUGAGUGCUGGUUUUCAUGAUAGAUCGUUGUCACCCAGCCAAAAUGCUAAUUUACAAGCUAAUUCAUCAAAACCACAAAGGACUUCUUUAUUUCGGUCUUUUUUGUCGUCUUCCAGUUCACCGAAAUAUCACAAGCUGCAACAGAAGCAUGGCACAAGUAAUAACUUCCAUCGAACAUAUGUACACGGACACGUGGACAAUUCUUUGGAAGAUGACGAGGAUGAAGACAAUAUAUUUGAACUUCCUGAGAUCCGGUCUCGAAAGGGACCCGGUAAUUCUAAAACUUCAGAUCCCUCUACCUCAAAACCGUACGGGACAUCGGAAAUGGACUAUCUGCAACAUACAGUAACAGAUGUUGAUACUGUUCAGAGUUUAUCAAUCAAAUACUCUUGUCCUGUUGCUGAGCUGAAGCGUGUGAAUCAUCUUAUUCGCGACCAGGAUCUCUUUGGAAGAAAAUUAGUUAAAGUCCCUAUCAGAAAAUAUGGCCAUAUCACCGAGGUCCACAGUGACUUACUGAUCACAGAUUCAAGCACAUUAGACUCGACAUUACACAAUGCCCGAACGGGCCUUGUUGACUGCUCCGAUGAGAUGGCAGCGGGAGCAUUAAACAGUGUAGACAAUGAGAGUUGCAAUCUCAGUGAUCCGGACAUGCAACGUAAGAUAAUUCAGAGCCUUAGCAUCAAAGACAUGAUACAUUCACAGACAAAAGAGGCUGAAGAAUUCCUACGUAGCAUGGACCGUGACUUGGAAGUGAUCCGGAACUCAACGAAGACAAGCUGUCAGUCUCUAAAUGAGGUGAUAUCCGUUUUGACCAACAAAUCAAUUCAGCCCCUUCAGAAACCCAAUAACAUUUGGAGUUGUUCGGAAGAAGGUUGUGGACUUCGCUACAAAACUAUAGUUGCUGCUGUUGUAUUCAUAGGAAUAGUUGUUCCUAUUUUUAUAAUUAUAUAUUUUAAAUAUUAUAAACCUGACUAAACUUUCUUAUCUUGUUAUGUCUUCAUCAUCAUAACCAUUGUAAUGAUAAGAAGAAUCAUCAUCACCAUCUUUGUUGUUGUUGUUGUUACCUCUACAACUACUAAUAACAUUUCUGUUAAAUACAAUCUUUCUCUUUUCUUCAUCAUAAUCAUCAACAUUAUCAUUUUCAUUAAUAUUUUUAACAUUUCACCUCAUCGAUAUCAUCUCCAUUAUAAACAUUAUUUAAUUCAUUCUCUAAACUCCCACCUUUCUCUCUCUCUCUCUCUCUCUCUUCUACAGCUUUUGGGUUACUUGUAUAAUAUACAUACACACACACACACACACAAAAAAAAACAAAUUAAACCCCAAAGACAAUAAAAACAUGACAAAAAAGCCACAAAAAAUAUGUAAAAAAAAAAGUAAUGGGUUUGUAAUUGAAGGGAAGAACUAAAUGAAUAAGAAAAAAGGAAUUCUUUUUUGUUUUUUCCCAGAGUACUUCAGUCCUUCCAUAAUUCUCUCCUUUCUGGUUCGUGAAUUCUCCAAGAAUCUCCCAUUUUAGUUCUGUUAAACUGCUCGACUUUUAUAAUCUGAUUACUGCUGAAACUUAUUGCCAAAAUAGUUUAUACAUAUGUAGGGUUGAAAUACUAAUUAUUCACACACAUACACAUGCAUAUACAUACAUACACAUAAACACAUUACAUAUGUAUUGUGUAUAUUCACAAUACAUAUAUAUUGAUAUAUAUUAAAUAUAUAAUGUAUAUUUAUGUAUGGGAAAAAAUUAGUGUAUGUAUGUGUGUUUGUAAUAUAUAUAAAUAAAACAAUGUAUGUAUAUGUGUGUGUAUGUGUAUAAUUAUGUGUGUGUGUAUGUAAUAUAUAUAUAAAUAAAACAAUGUGUGUAUAUGUGUGUGUAUGUGUAUAGUUAUGUGUAUAUGUGUGUGUGUGUGUAUGUACAUAUAUUUAUAUGUAUGUAUGUACGUAUGUAUGCAUAUAUGAGCGGGUGCUGAAAAGUUACUGGUUUUUAGGGGUAUCGUGAAAGGUUUGAGCCCUAAACUUCCAAGUUCUUUUACUGGGCUUAGAAAAACUGAAGGAUUGCUGCAAUAAAUGUUUGAAUUGGAGAGGGGAAUAUGUUGAAUAAAAUUACAAUUAACUGAUCCUCAUGUAUUUUCUUUUUAUCCAAAACCAGGAACUUUUCAGCAUUCCCUCUUAUAUAAUUUAAACUAUAAGUAUAUCAAACAUCAUACAACAUAAAUUCUUGAUCACACACACACACACACACACAUAUAUCUAUGUAUUAGAUAUGUAUGAGAGUGGUUAGUUGUCUUUAUGAAGCUGUAUGUGUUUUCAAGUCUAAUAUUACAUUGCUAUGUAUGUGUAUAUUACCCAUUCUAAUAUGUACACACACACACACGUAUACUUGUGUUUUCAUGUAAUGUAAAUCUGUUAUGUGAACGUGUGUAUGGUAAAUAAGUUAAUGUUAACCCAGUUCUAUAUACUUGUCUUGUAUUUUAAGGAAUCAGUUUUUAACACAAAUGGGAGCUAAACAUAUGAGAGGAAUAAACAUUUAUAAACACUU